AUGAGGAGGAAGGCGGCUGUGUGCAGCCACGAAAUAAACUGCCCCCAUGGAUUCUUCUGCGACCACCACUUUGGGCUCUGCCUGCCCUUCAGGCAAGAAGGCGAAUUCUGCCGACGGGAUGCCCACUGUGCUGUGGGACUUAGCUGCAUGUUUGGCAAAUGCCAGGAGACUCUGCCUGGCGGCCAGGAAGGUGCCCGCUGCCACCACGAUAAGGAUUGCUCUCCCGACGCCUGCUGUGCCCGCCAGCAUGGGGAAAAAGUCUGCAAGAAAAGGCUCCUCUUGGAAGAAGGGUGCUACGUUCCCGAAGGAGGGAUUGCUUUCAGCGUGAACCAGGUGUGCCCUUGCCUGGAAGGACUCGUGUGCAAAAAGGUGUCCCCUCGCCGAGAGGCCUCAUUUGAAUACUGGUCGGAUAAAAGUGUCUGGAGAUGCCAAAAACAAUAG